UACACCUCUCUCUCUUCUUCUUCUCUUUCACAAUUUCGAGUUUUACAUCAAAGCCUCUUCACUUUCUCUCUCUCUCUAGGCUCUACUAUAGUCUCCUACUACCUACUUCUUCUCCCUCCCUCUCUCUUCAUUUUUCAUUACAUAAAGCUUCAACUUCCCAUCACUCUACUCCUCCAAAGAUGCAAUUCUCGAGAAACUCGAUCCUUAGGCAACUAAGCAGAAAAGAAGGUUGGAGGUCGGCUUCUAGAAGGUGGACUUCCGGAGAUAGCUCAACGGCCUUCAACGACGACACAAGCGGUGGUGGUGGUUACUCCUCAAUGGAGGGUCUUUAUGGGGUUUACUCUGGUGGAGACACGGCUGCAAGAACUAAGAGAGUGAUGGUUGUGGUGGAUGAGACUUCGAGGUCUAAGCAUGCCAUGAUGUGGGCUUUAACUCAUUUGACUAACAAAGGAGAUUUGAUGACUCUUCUUCAUGUUGUCUCUCCUCAUGAUGAAGCUACUCCUUCUUUGGCUCAAUCUCUUGGUUCUCUCUGCAAAGCUUGUAAACCCGAGGUGGAUGUGGAGGCAUUGGUGAUUCAAGGACCAAAGCUAGCAACAGUGUUAAGCCAAGCGAAGAAGCUUGAAGUCUCUGUGCUUGUGUUGGGUCAGAAAAAAUCUGCACCACUCAUCUCUUGCUUAUGUGGACCUAGCAGAUCAGAGGAGCUCGUAAAUCGUUGCAUCAACGGUGCAGAUUGCUUGACGAUUGGUGUUAGGAAACAAUGCAAAGGUGUUGGUGGGUACUUGAUCAACACAAGAUGGCAGAAAAAUUUCUGGCUUUUAGCCUGAUCGCAAUUCUAAUCUAAUUAGAUAUAUUGUGUUAAAUUGUGUUAUUGUAGUUUAAUAAAAAACUCUCUAUGUAGUAAUCUCGUUGUUGUCUUGUGUUAACAUAACUUGUCUUAUAUGUCUUGUAAGAAACUAAAAGUUAUAUCUUUGUAUCCCCACUGCAUCGGUUCCACCACA